UUCAUAUAAUUAUUUUUUCCCCCUUCUUCUUUCUCUUCUUCUGAGUUUCUGACUCUAUUUCUCUCUCCGCCUUUCCCUCUCAGCUUCUCUCUCUAAUCAAAUUAUAAAAAAAGAACCCAACAAAAUUAAAAUAAAUAGAAAAAGAAUCCCUCUAUACUCCCCUUCUCCUUUUCUUUUCCUUUACCUUCCCCCAUUCAGCUUCUCUUUUAAUUCCCACUCGCUAACUCACUCACUUGCUGACUCACUCCCUUUCUCCCCCCCUUCCCCUUUUCCAAUUUCCCGGCAUGGAUUCCGAUCAGAUCUCCGCCUGACCUCUCGGAACGAAACCCACAUACCGCCGCCGAUUAUUCUAUCCCAAAACCCAGGAAGAAAGAGGACACCAAAACCCCUAAUUCCUAAUUCCCACAACAAUCUGAAUUAAUUACCAUGGUGCCUUACGAGACCGCCGCCGCAGCUCCUCCAAUUCCAAUCGGCAACCCGCCGGCAAGUUCUUCGUCGUCCUCCUCCAACACCAUCAUCCCCAAGCCUCCAGAAAUCGAUGGCCUCCUCGCCGGAGCCGGCUACAAGGUCCGCUCCUCCGACCUCCGCCACGUCGCCCAGCGGCUGGAGCGGCUCGAGACCGCCAUGCUCAACUCCCCCUCACAGCAGCUCUCGCUCCUCGCCUCCGACGCCGUUCUCUACAACCCUUCCGAUCUCUCCACCUGGGUCGACUCGUUGCUCUCCGAGUUGAACCAGUCCCAGUCCCUCCCUUCUCUACCGUCCGAUCUCUCGGAUCUCAUGUCUAAUCCUACGGCUCUGGAUGGCUCCUGGAUGGAUCAACAACUGCCGCCCCCGACGGCGGCGGUUCACAAUCAGCAGCCGCCGCAAUUGACGGUGGUGACGGCCGUGGAGGAGGAUUCCGGGAUAAGGCUGGUCCACAUGCUGAUGACGUGCGCGGAGUACGUCCAACGUGGCGAGCUGGCAUUGGCCGGUUCGUUGAUCCAGGAUAUGCAGUCCCUAUUGACCCGGGUCAACACCGGCUGCGGCAUCGGGAAAGUCGCCGGGUACUUCAUCGACGCGCUGGGCCGGCGGGUGUUCGCCGCCGGAGGCGGCGGCGGAGUCCCCGGCGGCUCGGCUUACGAGAACGAGAUUCUCUACCACCAUUUCUACGAGGCAUGUCCGUACCUGAAGUUCGCCCACUUUACAGCUAAUCAGGCGAUCCUCGAGGCAUUCGACGGCCACGAUUGCGUCCACGUGGUGGACUUCAACCUGAUGCACGGCCUCCAGUGGCCGGCCCUGAUCCAGGCCCUGGCCCUCCGGCCCGGUGGGCCCCCGCUCCUCAGGCUCACGGGCAUUGGCCCACCAUCCCCCGACGGGCGCGACUCCCUCCGCGAGAUUGGACUCCGGCUCGCCGAGCUGGCCCGAUCCGUCAACGUCCGGUUCGCGUUCCGCGGCGUCGCCGCGGCCCGGCUCGAGGACGUAAAGCCGUGGAUGCUCCAGGUGAACCCCAAAGAAGCCGUGGCGGUGAACUCCAUCAUGCAGCUCCACAAGCUAUUGGGCCCGGGCUCGCCCGGCGACCCGGCCCGGCCCGCGCCUAUCGACGCGGUCCUAGGCUGGAUCAGGUCGCUCAACCCGAAAAUCAUGACCGUCGUCGAGCAGGAAUCGAACCACAACCAGCCGGCGUUUCUCGACCGGUUCACCGAAUCCCUGUACUACUACUCGACGAUGUUCGAUUCCCUCGACGCCUGCGCUCUCCAGCCGGAGAAGGCGCUGGCGGAGAUGUAUAUUCAGAGGGAGAUUUGCAACGUGGUGAGCUGCGAGGGCUCGGCCCGGCUCGAGCGGCACGAGCCGCUGGCCAAUUGGAGGGAGCGGCUCACCCGAGCCGGGUUCAGGCCGCUGCAUUUGGGGUCCAACGCGUUCAAGCAGGCGAGCAUGUUGCUGACUCUGUUCUCCGCAGAGGGUUACUGCGUCGAGGAGAACGAAGGUUGCUUGACUCUCGGUUGGCACAGCAGGCCGCUCAUCGCCGCCUCGGCUUGGCACGCCGUGGCCGAAACCGCCGUCGGCGCCGUUUCCGAUGUCCCGGUGGUUGGUGGGGUUGUGCUGUAAAAAAUAGAAGUUGGGGGGAAAGUGUUCGUUUUUGGGAAAUUAGAUAUUUUUUUUUCUUCAUCUUUUUACUUCCCUUUUUCUUGCAAAAGGGGGGUUCUCUUAAUUUUUGGUUCAUCUACCGACCGCCAUUGAAAUCAAAAAAACAUUUCAAUCAUCCUUUGUGAGUUUAGUACAGCUAAUGCUAAUUCGGUCCCAAUUAGUGCUGGACUGACGAUCAUACAUAGCUCAGAAAAAAUGGAUUAAAACGAACAUCGCGAGCGAACAGUAAAGCAGCUGACUUUCGACAUAAAUGUCUAGAAUUCAUGUCUCGAAUAUGUCGAUGUUAGUGUUCAUUCCACACUUCUGCAGCAGUCUAUUGAAAAUGGAGGGAAUGGAAUUACCAAGUCAAUUGCUGGCCAAUGGGAUUCCCUUGGGCGGCAGCUUGGGGGGACUUAUUAGCA